UAACUUAUACUGCUCAAAGAACACUGUAGCAUGUCUCAUUAUCAGGAUUCAGGACCAGCUCCAAACAUGGCGACGAUAACGGCAUCUUUGGCGAGAUCUCUCCAGAACUGCUCGAUUUCCUCCAGCUCUCCUCAGGCACACGAGUCCACGUCAUCAUCCUCUUCUCCUUCUGCCGCUGCUGCUGCUGAGGCAGCUACUUUAGAACUCAAUUCCCACGUCUCUCUUCCUUAUCAAUGGGAGCAAUGCCUCGAUUUAAAGACAGGAGAGAUUUACUACAUAAACUGGAGGAGCGGAAUGAAAGCGAAAGAGGACCCAAGAAAAGCUGCGAGAUUUGAAAGAGAUUACUACUCGGAAGAAGAUAGUUCGGAAGAGAGCGAGGGAGGAGGAGGAGGAUCUUGUUUAUCUGCUUCUUCUACUUCUUCUCCUACAAGGGACGUUUUCCGCUACGAUGAAGACCAUGUUCUCGUUGUUGCGGGCUGCAAGAGCUGCCUCAUGUAUUUCAUGCUGCCAAAAACGGUCGUAGAAUGCCCGAAAUGCGGUGGCAUGAUCAUGCAUUUCGACCGGGUGGAGAACGGAUGCUUAUGAGAUUUUUUAGCUGAUUUUUUCCAACUUUUGAAUUUCUGUGAUCUUGUUUUGAAGAUUUUUGGGUGUGGAUUCCAUUAAAGAGAAAUGGGUUCGAUUCCUUUUUUUCA